UUAAAAAGAAAGGGAAAAAGUCCGCAAAAAAAGUCCGCAGAAAUAGCACCCUCAUCUUUAGUAGUGCCCAAAAUUUUAUUUUUUAGUGAAUUAAGGAAUAUACUUGAUCGUGUGCCGGAUAUUGCUCUAGUAAUUUAUGGAAGUUCAGCAUGGAAUGGUUUCCAUACAUUCUUUCUUCCAACAAAUAAAGCAUUCGCCAAAGUGAUUGAUCGAAAUCGGGUGGAUCGUGAAAUUUUGUUGGCUCAUGUUUCUGGAAUGAAUCGCGUGGGUUUUAUUCACCUAUCCUUGGCUAUUUGAUGGAGGAAUUCACUUUUAUCCUUCAAUUAGGCAGAUUUUCUUCAAACAUAAUUGAGGAUAAUUACAAACUUAAAUUAAGUAUGAGAAACAUUACCGAUCAUAGAACUGGCAAAUGGGAUUUGUAUGCAGUAUCAACUAUUUAUGAGCGUUAUGGAGAAUUUAGAAGAGGGGCUGUAUGGGCCAAAAUUCUUGUUCCAAAUAUUCCUGUUCAAAACGGAGUUGUACAUAUUGUGGAUAAUGUUCUCGGGAUAGUAACUAACACAAUUGAUCAGAUUGUCAGAAAUUACAUGUCAGCAACUGGAGGUCUUGUCACAUUUUUUGCUCCAUGGAAUGAGGCUUUUGAACGUAUUCCUGAACCAAUUGAAAGAAGAUUGUUGAGGGACAGAAUUUGGUUGGAACAAGUUCUUAAAUUGCAUAUUGUCCCAGCAAAGGAAUUGGUUAGUGAAGAAAUUACAAAUGAUACAAUAAUUGCUACAGUGGACAAUAUGAGACAUUUAUAUUUUUCUAAAACUGAAUGGCCUAAAAAUAAUAUAACUUAUUAUGUUAUUGGUGGAGGAAUUCGAACAGCAAUUCAAAUGGAGGAUGUGACCGCAACAAAUGGAAUAAUCCAUUAUAUUGACAGGGUAUUAGGUGUUCCAUAUCAGUCUCUCUGGGAAGUACUUCGCAAUGAAACGAGAGCCCAUCAAUCUAUGGAAAUGCUAAAUAAUUUACAGCUCAAAUACACACUCGAUCCAUGGCAAGUGCUUACUCCAGAACAGAAUAUGACGUUCUUUGUACCGAUUGAUGAGGCUUGGGAUAAGGUCAGCCCGUCAAUGAAAAAUAGAUUACUUGAUGGAAAUCACUGGCAAGCUUUACAAUAUGUUUAUAAGCGACACAUUCUCCAAGGACAGGCACUUAUGUAUACAGAUUUGCGUGAGAGAACUUAUGUGAUGAUGAAUGAUGAGAAAGUGAUUAUUAGACGGCGUGGCAGAUAUUUUGAACUUUACUGGCCGAGAGGUAAUCGAGUGGCAAGAAUUAUUGAAGGGGGUGAAAUUGCUGGAAUUAAUGGAUUUAUGCAUUUAAUAGACGGGGUGCUUGUUUAUGAACCAGAUCUUCGAGCUGGUUCUGCAAUUGUAUUAAUUGACAAUCAAUUGUUGUUAUUUUUUAUAUUUUUAAUUUUAUUUUGGUGA